AUUGAUUCAUACAAUUAGUAUUAAAUAGUGUUUUCAAUUCAAUGACAAUAUGUUUUUGAUUUUAUUGUUUUAAUAGUUAAUAAUAAUAAUCGGAUAAACAUUUUCGGCCACCGCUGCCGCCGCCGAUGACCACGAUAUGUCCAAUACUAGAUCGCUAACUAGUGGUGACCACAAUCAUCGCCGACCGGUGGCGAUGAUGACGCCCGACAUCGACCAUCUGAUUGACUGCGAAAUGUCCGAACAGUUGGCCUCGAAGUCCGAUGCAUUGCGAUCGGCAUUGUUUGCCGUUACGGCAGCCGCUGGUCAACAUCGACCGCUUGGUACAGGUAAUAGUGGUGGUGGUGGCCACAGCCGCCAAAAUGCUGACCAAUUUCAACAGUUUCGCUGUCAGCUGAUGAACGAGUUGAACACCGAAAUGGACAGAGAGGACGGCAAGAAUUCGUUUGUCGGUAGUCGGUCCGAAACUGUCGGCGGCAGUCAACAACACAGUGGCGGCGACCGUUUUCAGUCGCGUUUGGCUAAACUACCCGAACGCCAAUUGUUGGCCAAACUGGGUAUUCGACCGAAAACUACCGAACAAAUGGACUACGACGACUGUCAAGUGGUCAGUAUUGUAUUGAAUAAUAAUACUGUUUCGGCAGAGCAGUCGCCGCCGCCAAUAGUGGACAACAGUUGUGAUAUAAACUCAUCUAUGAAGUCGUCGACGUCGUGUUCAUCAUCGUCGGUGGUCACCAACAAGUGUAACACCACUGGAGGAACAACUAAACUAACAACAAAAACAAGUAUCUUAGAUAAAGUCGGAUCAUUUCGUGGACCUUCGAUGACCACCAAUACAGUAAAACCGAUCACCAGCUCUGCUGGAUCGCCGACACGAGUCUCAGGUAUAUUUCGAUCGUCGGGAUCGCCAAAAACCAAACAAAAGAUUAUCCGAUCGCUGGAUGUGGUGGUGUCGACCACCAAUGCUAGUCAGCCAUCGAAACCCUCACAACAACAACAACCGUCGACGGCAUUCAUGACUGGACUCGAGAAGAAAUAUGUAGAAGACGUUAAAAAAGGUUCAGUCGAUAUGUCAAAAGCUGCCAAAAGUCUGCGCGAGGUUAAGAAUACAUUCAAACCGCCGAUGAAAUACAACGACAACAACAACAGUAAAGACAAGCGUAAGACGACUCAAUCAACAAAUGAUGAUUCAAUUGAUCCACACUUGCGUAACAUUGAUCCGCAACUGAUUGAAGUGAUCGAGAAUGAGAUCAUAACAAAAUUGGAACCAAUUGGCUGGUCGGAUGUGGCCGGUCUUGAAUUUGCCAAAAACAAGAUCAAAGAGAUAGCAGUAUUGCCACUGCAACGGCCCGACCUGUUCAGUGGUUUGCGUAAACCGCCAAAAGGUAUACUACUGUUUGGUCCGCCGGGCACUGGCAAGACAUUUCUGGGCCGUUGUAUAGCAUCGCAGACAAAGUCGACAUUUUUUUCGAUAACCGUAUCCUCGUUGAACAGCAAAUGGAUAGGUGAGGGCGAAAAAACCAUACGAGCCAUGUUUGCCGUUGCCCGAGCCCGGCAGCCGUCGGUAAUAUUUAUCGACGAAAUUGAUUCGCUAUUGAAAACACGUAGCGAUACCGAACACGAAUCGUCGCGGCGAAUGAAAACCGAAUUCCUCGCCCAAUACGAAGGUGUCGGUACCGACAGCGACAAAGACAAGAUACUGAUCAUCGGUGCAACCAAUCGACCGCAAGAGUUGGACGACGCUGCCCGACGGCGACUGAAUGCCCGAUUGUAUAUCAGAUUACCCGACUCGUCAGCUCGGCAGCAGAUUGUUGCCAAUUGUUUGCGUAGCGAAAAACAUUCGGUUACCGACCAGGAAAUCGAAAUGUUGGCCAAUAUGACCGAUGGUUAUUCGUGUGCCGAUAUGCGUGAUUUGUGUCGCGAAUCAGCUAUGGAACCGAUACGCGAUUCGACAAUUAUGGACGAUAUAUGCAAUAUUAGUGCUCAAGAGAUACGGGAUAUUAGUUACAAUGACUUUCUCAAGUCGAUGGACUUUGUUAGGCCAACCGUUCGCAAAGAGGAUUUAGUUAUCUAUGAAAAGUGGAACCAAGAGUUUGGUACACAUUGUCUCAACAUUAAGUUAAAAGCCAAAGAGAUUGCUAUCAAUAAGUCGAUUACGGGUUUCAAAGCCAGUGACUGUUGGUGUAACAGUUUUAUGCGGAGAAACAAGUUAUCGGUCAGAGCUGUGUCCAGUAUUGGUCAGAAAUUACCACAAAAUUGGGAGCUAAAAAUGGCUGAGUUUAUGGCUUAUAUGAAUAACAAUAGAGAUGGUGUUCAAUACCAACACAUCGGUAAUAUGGAUGAAGUACCGGUUAGUUUCGAUAUUAUUGGAAAUUUCACAGUUGAUUCAGUUGGUGCAAAAGAAGUUAAAAUAAAAUCUACCGGAAACGAGAAGUUUUUUCACGGUUGUGUUGCGUGUCACUGCUGA